ACAGAACAUAUUUAUACGAACACCAAAACUGAAAAUAUUCACACUUGUUGGAUUAUCUCACAUUCUCACACCCAAUCUCUCUCUCUCUCUCUCUCUAUAUAUCCAUCUGUCUCUUUCUCGUUGCAUCAUAUGAUCGAAAACCUUCAUCGUCUUUUUUCAUCAAUCCGCCAUGUCUAGUGUUCGCUUCAAAUUCAGAAGCUCCGCUACUUUCGACUCUGUUGAUAUUGGAGAACAAUCCUCUAUUUCAAUUCGCGAUCUCAAAUCCAGAAUCGUCUUGAAGAAGCACCUCAAUCUUUCUCAAGAUUUCGACCUCGUCUUCUCCGAUUCUAAUUCCGGCCAAGAGUAUAAGGAUGAAAACAUUCGAAUUCCUCGCGGUUCGAGCGUGAUUAUCAAGCGAGUGCCGGCGGAGUCUCCGUCGCUCAGGGGUUCUGAUAUAUUAGCUGGAUGCUUCGGGAUGAGGGAUGCCGAAUGUGUUGAUGUCAUUGAUCCUCCUGAUGUGGAUGUUGGACUGAACAACGUUGAUGAUUUUGAAGUUGACUUGUGUCAACCUCUUAACACAAACUUAUCAGACACUGAAAAACUGCUAUUGGACCAUGAUGGGAAGAAAGAUUAUGUGGAACCAAGAUGCUCAAAGGAACUAUUAGUCAGAUGCAAAAAUCUAGAUGCAGCUCACCCUGAUCAAUUAACUCUAAAAGGUUCUAGUGCAAAUGAGGGAAGUACGCUAGAAAUGCCCAGGCCCAAAUUUAAGGAACAAAUGGAGUCGGAUAGAACAUCUCCUGCAAAACAAUUAGCCAUGGAGAACAGUGACAUGCCAUCAGAGCUGAAAUGUUCACUGUGCAGAACCUUUUUUAAAGAGGCUGUCAUGAUACCAUGCUGUCAACACAGCUUCUGUGGAAAAUGUAUUCGUUUAGCGCUGUCUGAGAAUGCAAAAUGUCCUAUGUGCUCAUCCGCCAAAUGCAAAGCAGAGGACUUGCUUCCAAAUGUUUCACUUAGGCAAGCAAUUGAACGUUUUCUUGAAUCCCAACUCUUACUUAAUGGCUCAGAAAAUGAUCUUCAUAGAUAUGCACCAGAUGGUGAAUCUGGAAUCCAAGUAAAGGACAUUUCCUAUGCUACAUCGGUUCCACAGAGACAUUUGCAAUUGAGCCAUUCUGCAACCUGGAACAGAUCAAACCAAAUAAAGCAAAGCAAGUUACAUGAUCAUGCUCAUUUUGCUGAUAAGUGUAAUCCUGGUACAUUCGAAAAUUUCAGCGACUUCCAAGGGGAAAAUGAUCCACAAAGUAUGGCUGGAACAAAUGAAGGAGCAAAUUCUUGCUACAAGAAUGGGGAGGGAUCUCGUAUUAUUACCAGAGGUGGAGAGAGGAACUUCACAGCGCCAGGCCGACCAAGCAAGGGUCCUAGGACAUGUUACAUGUGCGGUUCUCCAGAUCAUUUGUUUAGAGACUGCCCAGGUACUGCAGAUUCUAGCACGAGCUUCAACUGGAAUGGUGUUCCGUCUUUUCCUGGGGCUGUUUCAGGUUAUUCACCAGCGUAUUGGCCUGGGAGUCCACAUUCCAGGCCCUUUGUAAACAUGUAUGGAGGCCCUGGGAUGAUGUUUUAUAAUACCAACGCAGCUCCUAUUUCACCGUUUGCAUUUCCUCCCUGUGCUCCAUCAAUGUAUGGUGGCUAUCCUCUUGUUAGUGGAUAUAUGAAUGCGGGAGGUAUGGCACCACCACCUGGAAAUUUUUCUCAGCAACCAAGGCAUGAAGAACUUCUGAACCUUCAGGGUUGUGCAAGACAACAGAGAAAUUGUGAUGUAGAUUUGGGAAGAGAACGGAUUAUUGAUAGAGAACACAAUGCCAAUACCCACCAUGAUUCUAUGGAAAGAGGUCUGUAUCAUGCUGAUGACAGUUUUGUCAGGAGGUCGGAAGGGAAGCAUAGAAGUCGUGACAAUUCAGAUGGCGGUACAUACUCAAAUUGUAAUAGGCAGGCAAAAGUUGCUCAGAAGCCGGAGUGUGGAAGAGAUAUAAGGAUAUCUCAGUCAGAUAGAAUAUCCUUAGAAAAGGAUGUGCUUGAUAGCAGGAUUCGGCCUAGGGACGAUGGGCAUGAGAAGCUCCAUAGAACCUUGAGAAGAGAUGAUGACAUAGGAUCACGGCAUGGCCGUGAUUCCGCUCAGAAAUAUUAUCAAUCGAACAAAGAAAUCAGUAAAAGGAAAAGAAUGGAACAUAACGAGAGAAAAUCUGAUGGACAUUCUCACAGCCGCUCCAGGUCCAGCUUGGAACGUAGUUAUUCUGGUGAUGGUGCAAGGCAAAGGCGAGAAGAGUCCAGUCAUAGAUCGCGACACUCAAACAAAAUUGCAAAAUCCAAUGGUAAGGAGAUGCAUCAUGACCAUGGGAAGAUUAAAUCUUCAUAUGACUAUGGGGAGGAUUGUCACAGUUCUAAACGAAAGAGAUUUCAUUAGGACUGGCAACAUGUCUUUUGAGAUCUAGUAGAGUGCUGGCUUUGGACUACUCAUCAUGAUUAACCUUUAUUUAUUCUUCUAACCCACUCCAUUAUCUUAGCUUGAAGUUGGAUGCUAGCAAUUCAGUUAUUCAAGUGGAGCACUGCAUGCACAGUUUAUAUAUGGAUGCAUUUUAGUGGAUUUUCAUCUUUUUCCACGUGAUUCUACAAGCUGGUCAAGGUUUGUUGCUAAUACAAUGUUGUGAUCGGCCUUCAGCUUCUGUUCCAAGGGCAUUCUUGUCCUGCUGAGUAUUUUUCGUUCAGGUAUGUAUUUGACACUUGGUUCAUUCAGCUCCUCGUUUGUGAUCUACCCAGCUAGCUCAAGGUCUGUUGGUAAGGGACAAACUCUGCGUAGUUAUUUUGGAAGAAAAGAGUGUUGUCUAAAAUUUGCUUGGACUGGUUGAUUAUGGGGAGGUGGUUGUCAGAAUUGUGUCUUUGUAACAAGAAGAGUUACAGAAAGGAUAUACUUCCCUUUGGGGGGGUAGGGGGAAAGAAGAGCAGCAGCAGAAAGGUAAUUAGAACUUAGAAGUGAAAGGUAGGAGGUCGGAUUGUAGCACAGUCUGUAACUUGUAAGUGAUGCCCUUGGUCCCAUAGAGCUAGUGGCAUUGUUCUUCAGGGAUUAUUCUUUUCUUGGUAUUGUUUAUACUUUCGUGAGAAGGCUGUGGUAGCUUACAAGUCUUUGAGACAGCUAAAAGAGUAAGUAGUUUAACUUGGUUGAUACGAGAUUAUUUAUAAGACCUAUACAUAAUAUAGACUAAAGAAGCUUCAGUCCACAGAAAUAGUGAAGAAGACUGAAGGAGGGUGAAUGGGGAGUGAGUUAGUGAAUACUUGUUGCAAGGUACACUGCUAGUACACUGCUAGAAAGCUGGAGAUUCUUGCAUUUUCCCCCAGACAACCUAUAUGUUUAAACUUUUCUUGUUCCAUGAAAACCAUAAUCACACUCCAUCCGCCUCACUAUUGAUGGUGCUGUUGAUGCUUUUAAAUAUUCAUGAGGUCGUUAUCCCUUCCAUCAAAUCUCUGCUUUUAAGCUUGAUCGAUUUUGGUUCUUUUUUUCCUUAUAUGUAAGCCUGCUCAGUACUUUCAUUACCAUCCCUUGUGUUAGCUUUUUCUAUAGAUACCAUCCGUAAUGCACUAUCUGAUUUGUUCAUUUUGCCCUCCUGUUAGCUUCGUGCCCCUUGACUGUUCUUGAAACAUCAUGUAAGGCAUGGCUUAUUUUCAUGCUCCUUGAUUUUCCUGGAAACGUCUUCAUGUAAGACACAAUCUGAUUAAGGGUGUUCUCUUCAUCUUUUAAAAAAAAUAUUUUAGGGCUCAAGAGUUCCAAUUAGCCGCAAUAAAUUUUGUUCAGUAAAAUUCAAGUAAAGAGACCGCAUCUUGAGAAGAAACAUUAAGUAGAGAGAAAAUGAAGCUAUUGUAAAGAUGGAAAAAAAAAACCCUCGGGCUAGGCCGAAGCAUGAGCCUGCUCUUUAUAGUUUGUGCUUUUUAUUGUGUUUUCCGAUUUUUACCAAGUCUUACGAACUACCAAAUACACAAAGCUCACAGGCCUGUGCAUAACAAAAGAAGUAGGCCUGAGCUCCGCAUGGAAAAUGGGCUGUGCUUCUAGCAACCUUGGCCCGGCCUGGCCUGGCCUGCUAUCAUCUAAAGAGUGCACAAUUGGUCUGUGUUCCAGCUCUAAACUUGCCAAAUGCUUAGCUCGCUUCUUUUUUCAAAGUUUCCAGUGUCUUUGAAGUUUGAAUUCACUAGGGCCUAGGGGUUGAAGUGCAGAAUUCUAACCGAUAAUGAAGGUUUCACUUUUUAAGUGGAACCUAAUGAUCCAUUGGUUUAUGUCUACUAAGUGGGUAAUCUACCUACUUCCUCCGUUCCAUAAUACUCGCUACACUUCUCGAUUCACGGACUCCAAGACAAUUUUUGGAGAAGAGAAAGGUAGAGAGUAAAACGAAAAGGGAUCCAUGUGAGAGGAGAGAGAUAGAGAGAGUUUAUUGCCCAAAAAGGAAGUGUAGCAAGUAAUGUGAAACUUCCCACAAUGAAAAGAGUAGCAAGUAUUAUGCAACGGAGGAAGUACUAGAGAUAGAUAUUAAAAGUUAAUAAAGUUGAUUUCUAUAGUUCUUUUUUUUGUUUUUAAUUGUUUAUUUGUUGUGAAUAGUUUACCUAGUAGUGAUUAAAUGUAUCAA